AUGUUAUCUGGAGAAACUGCUAAAGGCGAUUAUCCGCUAGAAGCAGUGAAAACUAUGGCCUUCAUUUGCAAGGAUGCUGAGGCAGUCUUCCCAUACCGAGAACGUUUCCACGAAAUCUUCAUCAAUACAGUGCGUCCCACUGAUAUGACAAUGACAAUCGCCGUUGCAGCGGCCAUUGCUGCCGAUAGCUGUCAUGCUGCUGCCAUAGUUCUCAUCACAUCAUCUGGACGGUACUUUGCACAAGUUUUGAAAGGUUUUGAAUAA